AUGGAGUCUGAAGACUUUGAGGAGUUUAUCUUUGGGGAGGAAGUGAAUUUUGAUGAUUUGAAUGGAUCCGAUAUUGAGACCGACUCUAGUUCAGACUCAGACUCAGAACCAGAAGAGGAUGGUCCCUCACCUGAUGAUGCUCUUGAUUUGGCCAGUUUUAUUGCAUCCGCUCCAGCUCCCACCCCCACCCAGGCUUCCUCCAACGUUGACUGGGAUUGGAUUUCAUCUCCUAACCACAAUGCCCCCGUCGAACCGUUCAAUAACUUAACUUCUGGAUGGACGCGUCACUUAUCAUCUCAAGAGACCGAACUUGAAAUGUUUCUCCUUCUCUUCAGCGAGGAUUGCAGAAAUAUUUGCAUCACCGAAACAAACAAGUACGCUGACCAGACAGGGGACUGUACAACCAAGCGAUGGAGUAAAUGGAUGGAUCUCAACCACCAAGAUCUAACGAAGUUUUUAGCUAUUCGAAUGUUGAUGGGAAUUAAUAAGAAACCAGACAUGACGAAGUAUUGGUCAAGAGAUGCCAUGUUUCAUUUCCCAAUCAUUAGCAAAAUCUUGCCCCAGGAUCGAUUCUUUGAGAUUCAGAAAUAUCUUCAUUUUUCUGACAACAAUGACUAUGUUCAAGGAGACAGGGUCUUCAAGACCCGAACUCUUUGGGAGACGUGCACUGCCAACUUUUCAUCCCUUUUAAAUCCUCACAAGAAAAUCAGCAUUGAUGAGUCCCUAAUUCUACACAAAGGGAGAUUAUACUUUCAUCAAUUUAUCCCCAAUAAAAGAUCCCGGUUUGGCAUCAAGACUUUCUCUAUUGUUGAUGAAGAAACGGGAUUUAUUCUGAAUUCAAUAAUUUAUUCGGAAAAAAAUCAAGAUCUUCAGUAUUCAACAAAAGAAUAUGGUUAUGGUGGGGCGAUAGUUUUAGAAUUGGCACGCCCUUAUCUGAAUAAUUUUCAUCAUAUCUAUUGCGACAACUUCUUCACUUCCCCUAAUUUGGCAAUUUAUUUGCUACAACAAAAAACCUAUUUAUGUGGAACUUUGAGAAAAGGAAGAAAAAAUGCUGCAAUUCCACCUAGUCGAAUGAGAAGAGGAGAUGUUGAGGUGUUCUCGUCUAAUUCAGUCAUGAAUGAAUUCUGGCGAGACAAGAAGAUCGUCCGGAUGAUUUCCACAACCCACUCACAUGAAAUGGUAGAUGUUCGGAAGAGGGAUGGAACUAUUGUGAAGAAGCCUAAAAGUUUAGUGGACUACAACAAUUCUGCUCGAGGAAUAGACCAAAGCGAUAUGCAAAUGCAUUUCAACUCCGUGAAAAGAAAAACAAGGAAGUGGUAUAAGAAGUUAUUCUUCCAGCUCAUUGACAUGUGCUUCUUCAACGCCUUCAAAAUGUACAAAUCUCUUCAUCCCCACGCAAAAUUUCUUGACUUUCAAUUGAAUUUUAUUCGACAAGUAGUUGCUUUGUAUGGAUUAAAGGAAACCACCAUUCCAGCUCCAUCCCGUGAUCUUGAACGAUUAGUCGCUCGUCAUUUCCCUGCCCACAACCCCCCAACUAAGGGAAAACCACACGGAUCAAGAAUAUGUCAUGUUUGUUCCCAAAAUAAGUCAAAGAAUAACGGAAAAUGUAAAGAAACAAGAUAUCAGUGUGACAUAUGCAAAGUUGCGUUGUGUAUUGUCCCAUGCUUUCGAAUUUAUCACACUCUAAAAAAUUUCUAG